AUGAGUGGAAGAUUCGUGAGAGCUAGCAAAUAUCGUCACAUUUUUGGACAAACAUGCAAGAAAGAGCUUUGCUAUGAUAAUUUAAAGAUCAGUAAUAAUGCAUGGGAUUCUAAUUUAAUAAGCGCGAAUCCUUUCUAUUUAAGCGUCAAUUGGAACUCAGGAGCUGGCGGUGCUAUUGCCGUCAUUCCUUUAGAAAAUCGAGGAAAACUCCCCGACCAAACCAACCUAUUCCGUGGUCACACUGCUGCUGUUUUGGAUACCGAUUGGAAUCCAUUCCAUGAUCAAGUAUUAGCUUCAGGAGGUGAUGACGCCAAGAUUAUGCUAUGGAAAGUUCCUGAAGACUACACAGUUUUGGAGCCCUACGAAGAUGUGCAUCCUGUUGCUCACCUAACAGGACAUAGUCGCAAAGUAGGACAUGUACAAUUUCAUCCUGUUGCCGCGAAUGUGCUGGCUUCUUCGAGCGCUGAUAAAACUAUUAAAUUAUGGGAUUGCGAGAAAGGAAUUGCUCAUGUAUCACUUCCCAUGAAUGAAAUCUGUCAAUCUAUUUCUUUUAACGCUGAUGGAAAUUUGCUUGUUAGCACUGGUCGCGAUAAGAAAAUUCGAGUCUGGGAUCCUCGUACUGAUAAACCAGUUUCAGUCACCAAUGGGCAUGCUGGAGCCAAAAAUUCGAGAAGCGUUUGGCUUGGAAGCUUAAACCGCAUUGCCACGACCGGUUUUAGCAAGAUGAGUGAUCGACAGCUCGCUCUCUGGGAUCCUGCUAAUAUGUCUGAACCAAUUGGAGGUUUUACUACCUUGGAUGCUGGUUCAGGUAUUUUAAUGCCUUUUUGGGAUGACGGUACUAAUGUCAUUUACCUUGCCGGAAAAGGUGAUGGUAAUAUUCGUUAUUAUGAGCUGGAAAAUGAUGUUUUCCAUUAUCUUUCUGAAUUUAAAUCUGUUGAUCCCCAGCGUGGUAUAGCUUUCGUUCCAAAAAGAGGCGUAAACGUUGCUGAAAACGAGGUUAUGCGUGCCUAUAAAUCCGUUAACGAUACGAUCAUCGAACCUAUUAGCUUCAUCGUUCCUCGACGUUCUGAAGCCUACCAGAGUGAUAUUUAUCCUCCUGCCCCUUCUGGAAAACCAAGCUUAUCGGCAGAUGAAUGGUUUUCAGGCAAGGAUGCUCUGGUUGAUAGAAUUGAUAUGUCUUUACUCUAUGAGGCCAAAGGUCCAGUAUCUAAAACAACAGCUGUGAAGAUUCCUACACAAGAGGUCCAAAAGGAUGCUGAUAAAAAUCCUAUCGAGGUAAAGCCUUCGAAGAAACUAGAACCAGCUGGGGCUACUCCCGUACAAGAGAAGGCCGCUGAAGAUAUUCCAUCGAACAAGAAAGAAGAAAAGGAGCUUCCUAAAGAAGAGAAGAAAGAAAUUGAACAAAAACAUGUACAGAAGGAGAAAAAACCAGAAGAAGACAAGGUUUUACCUGAGCAUGCUAUAAAGUCAGAGAAAAAAGCUCCCGAACAGGAAGAAGUUCCUGUUCCUAUAAAAGCUUUAGAAACAAAGAAGGGUGAAAUUAAAGAAGAUGUGAAUGAUAAAUUGAUUAAACGCGAGAAAGAGUUAUCCAUGUCUCGUAUGCCCACAAUUUCUUCCCCUGAACAAGAAGGUAGUCUUAGUCAAAAGUUAGAAGCUAUCGAGAAACGAUAUAAUGAGGAGAUGCCUAUUCGAGACUGGAAAAUUGCUCAGUUAGAGGAGAAAAUAACAAAACUCUCUGAGACUAUAGAUAAGCAAUUCUCUCGUUAA